GAAAAGCUGAUGAGAUAAGGAAAAAAAAAUGACAUCCAGAACAAAUACCAACUUCACUUUGAUUCCCAAACAGAAAUAUAGACGAAGUUAUCGUCGGUUUAGCUAUCUUUCCAAAGGCUUUGACUCUGAUUCUCAACCCUUAUCAACCUUUGGAAAUUUUAAAGCCUUACCAUUGGAAAUAUUUCAAAUAAUAUUAAGAUAUUUAACAGUAAAAGAUAUCAGCAUGCUAAGUAUGGUGUCCAAAACAGUCAGCCGACACAUUAUUAAUUAUAUCUCAAGCUCAUCAGGAAACAAACGACUUUUACUACAAGACUUUCAUAAAAUUGAGCUGUCUGACGGGAGACAAGACUUUGCUAUAUUGGAACACUAUAGAUCACUAGGUCUCCUGUUUAAAAGAUGCACAUUACUGCUACCCACAAAGGAAAGACUAAAAUACAUUCACAAGACACUUGCAGAAGUUUCGUGUUUUAAGUUCAAUGGCUGUGCAGUUCCUUUACAGUGUUUAGGAUUACCGUGUUACGGCAUGUUUUUACAGACCUUAACAGCAGGUUGGGAUGAACUCGAGUGCCAUCGUGUUUUUAACUUCUUAUGUGAGCUGACCAAUCUCUCCCGUAAGAUGCAGAGUGUUGUCUGCAGCAAACCAGGAAGUGCCCGGAAACUGGAAUUACGCAUCAGGCUAUUCUGUAGGAGAGUCCUGCUUGAUCAUUGGCUACAUCAAAGUGAUUCUGCUUUUUGGUUAACUCGCAUAUUAAAACCAUGGCCUAUGGUGAAUCAGGCAAGAUUACUGUAUAUCAUCUUUGGGCCAAUAUCUCCUCAAGAUGGACAGUUGGUUUGGCAGAAAAUGAUAGAAGGACCAACAGAUGAAUCCAGUCUGAAAGGUUUGGCUGAGGCCUUUAAGUUACUCUAUGAAACAGGCUCUAGCGAGUGGUCAGCAGAUGACAUCAUCAGUCUUGUAGAUGAACUAUCAGUGGUUCCCCGGGAGUGGCUUCUAGAGAAUAACGCACGCCUCCUAAUCCUGAGUGGGAACAACAUCUGUUUCACUUUCAUGGCUAGUAAAGCAGUGAAUGGAAGAACCGUUGAACUGGCAAGGCUGAUAGUCUUUUUGGCUUUGGUAUGUGAGAAGGAACUAUACUGUAUGGAUUGGGCAGUUAAAAUGAUGCAAAAAGUCUGUAAAGUCUUUAGCACUCCAGUGGAAAGAAAUAACUUCCUGCAGAGUGUGCCACAUGCAUUUGCAUGUGUUAUAGUGGAGAUGAUGCAGUCAAUUAUGUCUGGUGAACGUGAUGAAGACAACAGAAACUUUAUUAAUUUGUUCCAUCUCGUGCAAGCACAAGCUAGCUUCCAUAAAGAAGUCCUCUGUCUGACCAUGAAUACUUUCUCAGCUUAA